AUGGAUCCAUUAGAAGAAUUAAAUAAAGCUUCACGUUCAGUUAGAAUUUCAAUCCAAAAUUUAACAAAUAAAAAACUUGUUUUAAAAUCCCAUCCAAUUUCAAGUGGUCAAUGGAGAGUUUCACCACCAGAACAUAUUUUACCAUUAAGUAUUGUAGAAUUUGGAUCAGAAUCGGGUAUGAUUGGUGGUACAGAAGCAGGUUCAAUUUAUGUUAUUGAAGGUUCAAAGGUUAGCGAUGGACAAUUUGAAUUUUUUUGGAAUAACCCAAUGUUUGGAAGAAAAGAAUUUAGAAGAGUAGCACCAGGCGGUUUUAAAUCAGAAUAUACAUCCAAUAAUGCACAUAAUUGUGUAUUAAAAUGUAUAGUUAAAGAAUUAGAUACUGGAACAAAAGAAGUUGAUGAUAUCGAAAAUGAAAUUAGAAAUCUCGCAAACUAUAUUAAUGAAGCUGAAGGUGCAAUUAAAGGUAUGACAAAAAUGGCACAAGUUUACCAAAUGCAAAAAGAUGAAAAGCAAGUUAAAUUAGUAGAAAACAACCUCAGAGAUAAAACCAAACAUUUAGAAGAUAUGAAAGUUAGAAAACAAGAAUUAGAACAAGAAAUCCACAGAUUACACUCAUUAGACACCGAUCCAAAAGCAUUAGAACAGGUUUUAUCAAAGAUUAGAGACUCUAUCGAAUCAUUAGUUAAACAAAGAAAAGGUAUGGAAUAUAUGAGAGAAGUUUACGAACGUUCAAAGGAUACAAAAUCAAUGGAAGGUCUUGACAAGCAAGUCGAAGUUAAAAAGAAUGAAAUCGACUUACUUCGUAAGAAAGAACAAAAGGUUAUUCAAAAAAUUAUUGAAAUUAAAAAGAGUUUAGGUUUAGGUGCCACUGGUGUCCAAACAAAGAAAAAAGUUGUUGCAUUAUUUGACUAUCAAAAGAGUACCGAUGACGAAUUAUCAAUUAAAGCUGGUGAUAUCAUUGAUAUCAUUCACGACGAAGAUCCAGAUUGGUAUGGUGGUAAAUUAAAUGGACAAAUGGGCUAUUUCCCAAAAGCUUUUGUUGGUCCAUUAGAACAAGCCAACAGUGGUCAAGGCUCAGCUGCAUCCGCCCCAGAAGGUCAAAGCGAUAGUGAGACUUACACUGGUGAAGAUUUUAGCCAUCUCUAUCCAAAAGCAAGAGUUGUUUAUGACCACGAUCCAGCUGAUGAAGGUGAAAUUGAAUUAAGAGUCGGUGAUAUUGUAACUGUUUAUAGCUGGGAUAACGAAUAUUGGUGGGAAGGUGUUAGUGUUGCAGGUAAAACUGGUUAUUUCCCAAAUACAUGUGUUGAUUGGAUCGAACCAGAAAAUACCGAUAAUGAAGAUUAUUCAAACUACUCAUAUUAUGAAUCAACAGAUAAUAGCAAUAAUGAAGAUCAAAAUAAAAAUAACAAUACUACUAAUCCAACACCUGUAGUAACCCCAGCAGCAACUAUUCAACCACCACCAACUGUUUUUACUCCACCAAACCUUAACAAACAAUUAAACAGCAACCAUACUACAGCCUCACCAAAAAGAGAAUUACCAUUACCAGUUACCCCAUCUGCAACAGCCAAGGCUGCUCCAACCGUUACACCAAUUGGUUCAAAUAAAUUAAACACCCCAGCCACACACACACCAGUCACACACACUCCAGCCACACAUACCCCAGCCACACAUACCCCAGUCCACUCCAAACCAUUACCAUCAGUUAAUGAAAAUAAACCAGUACCACCAACCCCAACCCAAUCCUCAGCUCCUUCAGCAAUUAACCCAACCCCAGCACCAACCACACCAACCCCAGCAACCUCUACACCAGCAGUACCAACAAGCAAACCAAUCGUAUCAUCUGCUGCAACCUUAUCAUCAGCAUCAUCCCAAUUUGAUAAAAUACUUCAACCAAUUAUCACUGACUUUACAAAGAAAUUAGUUGAAGCUCAUCAAAAAGAAACCCAAGCUUUAAAUCAAAGAAUUGCCGCUCUCGAAAAAGAAUUAAAAGAAUUAAAAGAAUCUGGUAAAACAUCAGUAACCUCAACUGCUACUGUUGUUUCCAAAGCAACUCCAUCAGUUAGAAAAUUCUAA